AUGUUUCCUAAAAUCUUGUACUUAACUUAUCACAAAACACCACACUUUUUAAAACUGUCUCGAAGUCUGAAUGAUCCUCGGGAAGAACGCAAUGGACGCAUCACGUACGAUAAAGCGCUUAGAGCGCGCGGCGUGCGUGCGUGUAUCAACGCGAGCGGAGCGCGCGAGAUAACUAAAUGGAAUGGCGCGGCCGGAUCCGGCGCGCCUCCGCCACGCGCCGCCCGCCCGUAG